AUGCUGCGGAUCCCCGUUUCCCUGUUUCCCGUGGUUCUGCGCGUCUGCGAGGUUCUCGUCCGAUCCCGGCGCGACGACAUGCGCGGCCAGGAAGCCGUUGUGGAGGUUCUGCUCCACCCCGCCGUCUACUUCCGCGGGGAUUCCCACGGAGAUUCCCACGGGGAUUCGGACGCGGACUCGGACGGAGAUUCCCGCGGGGAUGUCUCUUCCCCGCGGUUCCUGAGCGCGUCGGCGCUGGCGGCGUUGGAGUCGGAGAUCCCCGAAAUGGACGACCUCCCGCUUUCCCUCCUCUGCAACGAGCUCACGUCCCGCGGGAAUGACGGCCGUCCCGCGCUCGCCACGCUGGACCCGCUCACGCUGCUCUACAAAACCGCGGGGGAGACGCCGGCGUCGUUUCACCGCGGGACGGAGGUGAAAGCGACGGUGACGCGAAUCCUGGGCGACCAGCGCGCGCUUCUUCGCCUCGACAACGGAUUGCCGGGCUACCUCGACAGUGCCGACUUCCCCCGCGGGGACGGUUUCCACGGUUUCCACGAUCUGGAGGCGGGGGACCAGCUCACGUGCCGCGUGCUGCGCAUCGACGCGGAGUUUCUUCGCGUCCAGCUCACCGCGGAUAUUCCCGCGGGGGACGACGACCCGCUGCGCGAAACGCCCCUGGACCCGUACUACCAGGCGGAGCCGGAGCCCUGGGAGGCGAAGCAGCUUGCCGCGCAAUCGGCUUCGCUGGAGCGGGAAAAAUUGGCGCGUCGGCUCGCGCAGCGCGCCAUUUUUUCCCCGUUUUACCGCUGCGUCGACGCGCGCGGCGCCGCCGCCGAGCUGGCCGCCCUCCCCGCGGGGAACUGCCUCUUCCGUCCGAGCCCGCAGGGCGACGCGCAGCUGCUGCUGACGGUGAAGGUAGAACCGUGGAAACGUGGAAACGUAGUUGGGGUCGGAGGUGCUGGCGACGUUCGAAAUCGACGAGGAGGAGAAGGACCCGGAGAAUCCCGCGGGACUGGGGAAGAAGCUGGUGCUGUGCGGGACGACAUACACGGAUUUGGAGGAAAUUAUCGCGCGCUUCGUGGAACCCCUCGUUUCAUUGGUCGACGCCAUUUCCCGCUAUUCCAAGUUCGCCGACCUCCCCGAUGUGAACUUUCCCCGCGGGAAUCAUCUCUAGGAGCGCGUCGACGCCCUCGUCCUCGAGCAGUCCCGCGGGAAUCCCGCGUAUCUGCCGUACCGCGUGUCGCUGAGUCGGAAACGCCCGGGGCUGCUGCGCAUGACCUACUGCCGAAGAACCGCGGUUUUCCACGAGUAUGCGGAGCUGCGUCCCGCGGGGAUUCUGUACGACGGGAAAGUGUUCCGCCAUGCGGAGAGUUUCGUGAAUUACGUGAAAGCGAAUUUGAAACGCAUCGUGGGGGUCCCGCGGGAAUGAUCAACUAG